UCAGCUGUAACAGUCGACAGACAGAGCAGCGGUGGAGUCAGGGGGGGAGCUGGAGGUUCGCAGUUGGUGCGCGAGCGAGACAGCGAGGCGCGGCGAUGGCGGAGGCGGGAAAGCCGAGGGUGGUGGUGGUAGGCGGCGGCAUCGGCGGCGCCCUGCUCGCCAAGACCAUGGAGCCCGACGCCGACGUCGUCCUCCUCGACCCGAAGGACUACCUGGAGGUCACCUGGGCUGAAUUGAGAUCAACGGUUGAACCAUCUUUUGCUGAGAGAUCAUUAAUAUAUCACAGAGAUUACCUCACCACUGCUACUAUUGUAACAUCUUCUGCAGUUAAUAUCACUGAGCAUGCUGUUCUGACUGCUGAUGGUCAAUCACUUGCAUAUGAUUAUCUCGUUGUAGCUACUGGCCAUGUUUUUGCUUCUGCUGGAAGCAGAACAGAGAGGCUUACGGAAUUCCAGAGAGAUAACGAGAAGAUAAAAUCUUCUGAGUCCGUGUUGAUAAUUGGAGGUGGUCCAACUGGUGUUGAACUUGCUGCAGAGAUCGCAGUAGACUAUCCAGAGAAGAAGGUGACACUUGUUCACAGAGGAUCACGAUUACUUGAUUUCAUUGAUCAAAAGGCUUCGAAGAAGUGCCUUGAUUGGCUGACUUCCAAGAAAGUGGAUGUGCUUUUCCAGCAAUCAGUUGACCUAAAAUCAUUAUCAGACACAGAGAAGUUCUACAAAACAUCAGCUGGAGAAACAAUAACAGCUGAUUGCCACUUUGUGUGUAUUGGUAAGCCACUGAGUUCAUCGUGGCUACAUGAUACCAUCCUGAAGGAAUCUUUGGACACCAAAGGAAGAGUAAUGGUGGAAAAGGACCUAAGAGUGAAGGGUUACAAUAACAUUUUUGCAAUUGGUGACAUCACCGAUAUUCCUGAAAUCAAACAAGGGUACCUCGCCCAGAAGCACGCGCUGCUGGUAGCCAAGAACCUGAAGCUACUGAUCAAGGGGUCGCCUCCGAGCAAGCUCGCCACCUACAGCACCGGCUUCCCGCUGGCGAUCGUCUCCCUCGGAAGGAAGGACGGACUGGCACAGCUACCCUACCUGACGCUCACCGGGUGCAUACCGGGGAUGCUCAAAUCCAAGGACCUGUUCGUCGGCAAGACGAGGAAGCAGAUGGGCCUGAGUGCUUGAGCCGAUCUUCAGACAAAAGAAAUAAACCUAUGGCUGGCUGCACAUAUGUGUUGUACUAUGUGUUCUGUGUGCGAGUAAUUGUUGGUGAUGUGCUGCGAAUGGUGAUGAACAUUUUAACAAGAGUGUAAAUGUAUGUAGUACAUGUAUGCAAAGGCCUGCUUGGCCUGCGUUUUGGAGUG